GAGAGAGAGCGACUGCAGCAUCGCCAGUUACAGCAGUAGUCCUGAGCAGUGCAGGUGAGGGGGGGGGAGCCAAAGAAGGAGGAAGAGGAGGAGGUGCAAGUUGAAAGAGAGAGAGAGCGAGAGAGAGAGAGAGAGAGAGAGAGAGAGAGAAUGCGGGACUCUUAGAAAAAGACGCAUCUUCACUCGGUCCAUUACCGACAUCCCGAGCAGAGUGCUGGCGAGGAUUAACGCGUAAUUGAUGCCCUUGCUGGGAUCUCCCGCUUUAGCUCGUCAAGAAAGGCGCUAAAUUAACAGCCUCGCUUGGUUACUUUUUAACCGUUAGCAUUAAAUAAAGUGGCUGCGGGGAAGCUGGUGUCCCCUUCCAAGUUACGCGUCGGAUUCCAAUGGCUUGGCACGUUGCUCCGCCACUGCGGGGAAAGAAAGCGAAGGCAUCCGCCGGCUCCUAAGCACGUUGGAUUUAUAUAUAUUAAUAUAUCACUCGGUUUGAAAAGCCCAUCAAGAAUAGGACUCAGUCGCAAUAGAAGUUGAAGAGACAGGAGGAGAGUAAAGGAAGUAACAAGACAUCAGCAGCAAAGAGUGUUGUCAGUCAGAAGGGAGAAAGAAUAAAUCCAACACCCACACUGUGGGCUACAAUACAUCACGAAAGAGCUAUAAAGAAAGAAGAGGCAGGCCUGCCAGUGAUUUGAGAGACAGAAAGGAGAGAGGCUCGCAGAGCAGGACGGAGCCAUGCAUAGACUUGGCGCAGUGCACUCCUCGGUGCAGGCUUUCAGCCUCGUGGUCUUAGUGCUGCUGCACCUGCUGACUCAGCUGCCCGGUGCACGCUCAGCUCUCCGGUACCGGGUAGCGGAGGAGGGCCCCCCUGACGUCAAGAUAGGCAACGUGGCCGCAGACCUGGGCCUGACGGCGGGUACGGGCAGUGGGGACGUCACUUUUGCCCUGGAGAGCGGCUCUGAGUUCUUCAAGAUCGACAAUGUGACCGGUGAGCUGACAACAGGGCAGAGGCGCAUCGACAGGGAGAAGCUUCCCCAAUGCCAGAUGAUUUUUGAUGAAAAUGAGUGCUUCUUGGACUUUGAGGUGUCUGUGAUUGGCCCCCUGCAAAGCUGGGUGGAUUUGUUUGAAGGCCGUGUAGUCAUAACGGACAUCAACGACAACACUCCUUCCUUCCCAUCACCGGUGCUCCAGCUCUCAGUGGAGGAAAAUCGUCCAAUUGGCACGCUUUACCUGCUGCCCACCGCUACAGAUCGGGAUUUUGGGCGAAACGGUAUCGACCGCUAUGAGCUGAUUCAAGAAGGUGCAACUGGGUCGAGUUCGGCACGACGCACAACGGGAGCAAAUCCCAUUGGUAGAGUCGAUGGGCUCAGUGAUAGAAGGGGUAGGAGUGGAGAUAAUGUGGGAGGAGCCAGGAGCACUGUGUUUGAACUCCAAGUGGCAGAUAUCCCAGAUGGUGAAAAACAACCUCAACUCAUUGUCAAGGGUACAUUGGACCGCGAACAAAAAGACUCCUAUGAACUGAUCCUCCGGGUUCGAGAUGGAGGGAACCCCCCAAGAUCAUCUCAAGCUCUCCUUCGGGUUUCUAUCACAGAUGUAAACGACAAUAGCCCAAUGUUUGAAAGGCCCACUUAUGAGGCGGAAAUGGCAGAAAAUGCACCUCCAGGAACACCAGUACUCCAGGUGAGGGCUUCAGACCGUGACAUCGGUGUGAACGGGCAGGUGGAGUACGUCUUUGGAGCGGCCACAGAAUCGGUCAGGCGCCUGCUGCGACUGGACGAGGCAACCGGUUGGUUGAGUGUUCUUCACAGGAUCGACAGGGAAGAGGUGGCCCAGCUAAGGUUUACGGUCACGGCUCGGGACAGGGGUCAGCCACCACGCAGUGAUCGAACCACAGUCAUUUUGGCAGUCCGUGAUGAAAACGACAACGUCCCAGUUGUAGAGAUUCGAAAGAUCGGACGAAUCCCAGUGCGAGACGGAGCAGCACUGGUACCUGAGAACGUUCUGGUGGACACGCCAGUCGCUCUGGUUCAAGUUUCAGACCGAGACCAAGGAGAAAAUGGAGCUGUGACCUGUACAGUUGUCGGAGAUGUCCCAUUCACUUUGAAGCCUGCUGGUGAAACAGCACUCCCGCCCUUACCUGCAGAUGAAGCCUUUGACAGGAACAAGAAAAAAUUCUUCCUGCAUACCUCAGCCUUGCUGGACUACGAGGUCACAAAAGAGUACAGCGUCACUAUUGUGGCAGUCGAUUCUGGAAGCCCCAGUCUUUCCAGCAACAGUUCACUGAUGGUGCGAGUUGUCGAUUACAAUGACCAUCCCCCAGUCUUUGCCCAAAGUGUAGUGGAGGUCCACUUUGCAGAAAACAACUCUCCCAACGAGAGGGUCGUCACUGUUGUGGCCACAGAUGCAGACAGUGGCAAGAAUGCAGAGAUUGCUUAUUCACUGGAUCCGGUUUCUAAUGGGCCCUUUUAUAUAGAUCCGGAUAACGGCGAUAUUCGUGCCACCGGCGUGCUGGACCGAGAGCAGCGAGAGAGGUAUGAACUCAAAGUCAUUGCCAAGGACAAGGGCACACCUCAUUUGCAAGGUUCAGCCACUGUUGUUAUUCAGGUGACCGACCGCAAUGACAAUGCGCCAAAGUUUGUCCAGGAAGUUUUUACGUUCUAUGUCAAAGAAAACCUGCUUGCCAACAGCCCAGUGGGCAUGGUCACUGUGACGGAUGCUGAUGAAGGUGAGAAUGCAGAACUCACCCUCUUCGUAGACAUGGAUGGUCUGGACGAGAAGAAGUCAGGAGAGAAGAGUGCGGGAGAAAACGGGGAGAAAGAGCAAGAGGAGGUGUUCUCCAUUGAGAACAACACAGGCACCAUCUUCUCCACUUUGUCAUUUGACCGUGAAAAGCUUUCCACCUACACCUUCCGCGUACGCGCUGUGGACGGAGGAGAGCCGCGCAAAACCGCCACAGCCACUGUGUCACUUUUUGUGACCGACGAGAAUGACAACGCCCCCUCCGUCACAUCUCCGGCCAAUGAUUCCUAUACGUUGCUCCCACCUGCAAGUAGUGCCCGCACGAUAGUCAGGACUGUGACAGCCAUCGACUCGGACACCGGCCCAAAUGCGGACCUUCACUAUGCAUUGGUUGGGGGGAAUCCCUUCAGAUUGUUUGAGAUCGGCCACUCCAAUGGUGUAAUCACACUGGCAGAGCCACUGGAGCGGCGCCACAAAGGUCUGCAUCGCCUGGUGGUCAGGGUCAAUGACAGCGGGGCCCCCUCGCUGUGCGCCACCGCUCUGGUGCAUGUCUUCAUCAACGAGAGCUUGGUCAACGCAUCCCUGGUGGACGCACAGGUAAGCCGAAGCUUGCUGGCUCCAUUGUCACUGGACAUUGCAGGUGACCCAGACAGUGAACGCGCAUUAGGUAAACAGCGCCUCAGCGUCGCCAUCGGUGUCCUGGCAGGAGCCGCGGCUGUCAUCCUGGUCAUCCUCCUCGUCGUCACAGCGAGGCAGUGUGGUGCUCAAGGCAAGAAUGGCUACGAAGCCGGCAAGAAGGAACCGGAAGAAGAUUUCUUCAGUCCAUCAGGGGCUCAACCGCAGGUCGGCCGUGGCGGCGGAUCCGAUCGAGGCCGCAAACCUCGACGCGACAAGCGCAAUGGAAGCGGUGGUGGCACAGCAGCCGGAGCCGUCAAGUCGGAUAGGUCACUCUACAGCGGCAUCGUCACUGUCAACGGGCUUCGCCGUCACGCCAAUGAUGACGAGGAGGAGGAUAUUAGCAGCGCGAGUGAGCGCCUGGCAGCACGCUACUGCGCUGUGGAUGGUGACCCCGGCAGCCCAAGGAUGGGCGGUGGCAGGCGCCACCAGUCGAGCCCGGAUUUGGCCAGGCACUAUAAGUCCAGCUCGCCUCUCCCUGCAGUCAAUCUCCAACCGCACUCCCCUCCAGCUGAAGGAAAGAAGCAUCAGGCGGUCCAGGAGCUGCCACCCUCCAACACCUUUGUGGGCAGCGGCGGCUGCGUGGGGAGCACCGGUUCCAGCAGCAGCAGCAGCGGGGGCAGCGGAAACGGAGACGCCAUGUCCCUGGGAUCAGACCAGUGCUCAGAGUAUGGCUGCCAGACUGGGAACAAGUACAACAAACAGGGGACCCUUCGCCGGGUGACCUUCUCAGUGGUAAAUCAGGCCCAGGAUGCCAGUUGCUAUGACAGUGGCCUGGAGGACUCAGAGACCCCCAGCAGCAAGAGUUCAUCGGGGCCACGUUUGGGAGCCCUGCCACUGCCUGAGGAGGGAUACGAGCGCACCACACCCGAAGGCAGUGUGGGGGAGGAGGAGCAUGUGGAGAACGAUGCCAGGCAGCUGCCAGAUGUGGCUCUAACCGGAAAGUGCACACGUGAAUGUGAUGAGUUCGGCCACUCUGACACAUGCUGGAUGCCCGUCCGCCCGUCCCCUCGCCAGCGCCAACGCCACGGCAGCGACCCCCCGCGGCUCUCCACCUUCGCCCCCGGUGACGACAACAACAAUCUGCGCAGAAACGACCAUGAGAGCGACAGCGAAAGCGCGGGCAGCGCCGGGAGCUCAGAACCGGGUGUGGUCAUGGCGGGAGAAGGUCAGAGGUUACCACUAGUCAACGGCGAUCCUCUCGGCACCCUGGGAAGAGCCAACAAGAACAUGGGCGACCACAAUCGGAACCUUCUCAACCGUAAGAUGACCUCGGCGUCGUACGACACCUUCAGCAGCGCCGGCUUCGGGAGGCGUCAUCAAGCUGAGGAAGGAGGAGAAGGAGGCCAGAGCCCAGCAGAGGUCAUACCGCUGACUCGGACUGGAGGGGACUACAAGACCACAUCCUGCCUCACGUUGUCACGCCGUGAAGUCUACCUGUGACCACCUUCCAAUGCCGCAAUCGCUCCAUUGGCUCGUCGCCACAUCCCAAGGACUUGUUACAAUGUGAAAAUGUUGAUUUGGUUUCCCAAAAAGUUGUACAUGGGGUGGAAACUUCAGAAUUGUAAUAUUUAGAGGCACUUAAACUUCAGCGAGUUAUGGAUCAACUAUUUUGAGAGCCCCCGCCAGGAGUACUUUCCUUUCAAAAACAAACAAAACAAGAAGAAAAAAAAGUUGCCUAGAGGCAAUGAUUCUAUUACGUCCAUGUGGGGGAGGAAGACUUCAUCUCGUCUUUUUUUACCUGAACCUGAUGCAUGCCUGACCUUCUGCCACUGAGGCAACUGUGUGAAGAAUAGAGAGAGCGUGAAAGAGCGAGAGAGACUGAGUAAAUCACGCCAUACAGGCUUCGGUAUAAAAUCUAACUUUUAAGACUCUAUCAUCAAACAUUCAGUCACGUCCAGUCAGAAUAAAUAAGUACAAAAAAAAAAAAUAUUGACUGGGUAAUUUCGGUUCAAUUUCCGCAUUUAUUAGUGCCACACUGGAAAUCAAAAAGAAAAAAGUUGUUGAAAGAUAAAAACGUCAUAUUAUGAGACAUAUUUGUGAUGUUUUAAGGAUAAAGUCAUUGUGUUCCAAUAAAACUCUAAAACUACAACAACAACAAAUAUUGGUGGGAAAGUCAUAGUUUACUUAAUUAAAAUCUUUUACGAGAAUUAAGUUCUAAAGUCUCAACAACAAAUUUGUGAAUCUGUCAUUUUAAUGAGUGAAUUCCCGCUAGGACAUAAAUGCACUCACAUCUUAUGAAAAACAUAAAUGGCUCCAUACGCAAGAUUUCUAGUGAAUGAGCUCGACUAAUACAGUGAUAUCAAUUGAGGUUGCUUCUUAGGAACAGACAAUCAUUCACACAAUCACAUGAAACUGUACUUUGUUAUAAAAUGACAACUUUUAUGGAACAGUAUCACUUUAUUCUAAAAAAAAGAAAAAAAAACCUUCAGGUUUCCUCGUAAUAUUACGUGACUUGAUUCACAUAACAUUUUCACUUUCUUUUUCUUCUCCUUCAGUCUUUUUUCUUUUUUUAGUGUGGCCCUAAUACUGCGUACUUUGAUUCAUACCAGUUAGACACAACACAUAGAUAAUAUAAAAAUUCAAAUACAUUAAAAUACCUUGAGGAGUACCUCGCACUUAGAGCUUAGAAACAUAUUUUGUACCUUGAUGGAUUAAAAAGCGACUAUAACUGUACUUUUACUUCUGACACUCAACCAUUGAACAAGUGUAAACAGUUACAUCGGAAAUAUUAUUGAUGAUCUUAAUGGUCUUGUAUGCAGGUUCGCCUUCAUUUGUAUUAACAGACUGCAACAAUGUGAUUUUUAAAAACAUUUUUUAUGAUACAAUAUAACCACCCAGAACACAGAGCAUCAAUAGCAUCACGACGCGUUUAACACAUUGCCUUCGCAUUCAGCUUGUAUGUAUAUAAAGUAGGCGCGUUAGACAACAAAGCGGCAUUCUAAGCUCACCGACAUGACCCGUGACCCCCUCAGCGUGUACGCAAGCCCGCCGACACGCACGAGCUCGCGGGCAUGUGAAGAUCAAUCCACGCAAAAGCAUUUACACAUUCUGGAAGACGUGCAUACUUUCAGUGACAUUGUAACAUAAAGACGAAUGGGCAUUGGCUUUCAUGCAGAAAACAAGCACACUGUCAUUAGGAGGACGUGCAGUCAUUUUGCACUGCUUAAGUGCAACACUUUGCCUGAUCCCCCUCCAGCCGAUAUUUAAACAUGAAAUAUAUUCAAAUGACAUCAUGCGCCAUUAAAAGGAAUUCCAUCUACUGUAUGUAACAUUAGACAACGUGCAGAUAAGACAUAUUCAGCAUAGUGUAAGUAGCUGACUCUGCAUGAAAGAUAAUGCUAACUACUUCUUUGCUCUACCAAAAAAAAAAAAAAAAAAAAGAAUGAAAGAUAGAAAACCACAAGUCUUUUUUUUUUUUUUGAUAACAUGCCAGUUUGGAUACAUCUGUAAUAUAAGUGUGUGCUUACGGUAAACUAAUGUUGGCAGAAAGAGGUGACAUCUUGGAAUGGAGGGUGCACAAACCAACCUGGAAAUUCAGAACCCUUUUUAAUUCUAGCAAAUGGUGCCAAGCCGACGCGAGCGUGCAUGAACUCCCUGGUCCUUCCCGCCGAGGAGCGGCUGCGGAUCGAGGCCAGCACAUCUUAAUUCCCAUCAUCAGAGUGUGGCUGGGGAUAAUAGGGUUAGCACGUCCCUCUGGUCUUAAUGAGUUCCUUUUCUGGCUCUUCUCUCCUCCCUUGAUCUACACAUAUCUUAUUAUGAACGUCUUAAUAUGUGAAUGUAACUGGAAACUGUAGGGAAGUGUGUCUCCUCAUUGUUCUGGAAAGACAGGACUUUCGGAAGGUUGUGCCGCCGCAGUUUCACCAAGAUUUCCAAUGGAGGAUGAGAGUCGUGAUGGAACUUAAAGCGGGAAAAUCCAAUGAAAACAUCACAGCCGAAAAGUGGCACAUUUUUAGGUGAAUAAUGACACUUUGUAUACAUGUAUAUACCUUCACCUUAACCGAUAUGUGAGUGACGGACACCCUUGAGCUUGAUUUUCAACUGUCCCUUCCUGGAGCCAUCCUUAUCUCCAAAUGUACUGAGUUUUGCUUCUGAUGGACUGAGGAUCAAUCCACAGACACGGAUUGUUGGGAUUGUUGGAAAAUGCCCAUUUUCUUAUCGGGUUCCAUGACAGAAAAGAUUUUGUUUUUGUUUUGAUUCAACUCUGCUCUUCAAACUGCUGUUUUAAGGCAGUUUCAUUUAUUGCACCUUUGAAGGGAACUUCCUGUAAAUGAAUCAGUGUGGGUGUGUAUCUUUUUUUUUUUUUUUAUAAUAUACUGCACGUUUCAAAAUGUUUCACGACUGCAAAAACAAGAGGGGAUACUUUGAUGAGGACAUUUUGUCAGACAGGACAGCGGACAUUUGUCAUCCCCCUUGUGCUGUUUCGCUUAUAGCCAUGUACAGAUGAAAUGACACUGCAGAACACACAACUGGAUACAAUACAGGACAAUGGCAUGCUUAAGCUCUUCAAAUCGGCACUUAACAGUGAACAAAAAAAUAAAUAAAUAAAAUGGGAGGAACAUUU